GGCUCGUCACCGGAAGUGGAUUCACUGUGGCUCAGCCGGCGUGACUUUCAGCCUGACAUCUCUACAGCUCAUCACCGGGAAUUGUACAGCUUCGUCCUCACACACACCCACCCGAAAAGACUCAUAAAAUGCGUCUGUUAAAAGCAGGCCUCGCUUUAAAUCGUCUAAAUCUACUAAAUCCAGUAAAUGUGAAAGUGAAACAGGUGCUGAUGAACAUUUGCCGGCCAUGUUCAUCUGCAAUCGUCCCAAAUGAAAGGAUCCGCAACAUUGGCAUCUCGGCACAUAUCGACUCUGGCAAGACAACACUAACAGAGCGUGUGCUUUACUACACUGGUAGAAUAGCAGAGAUGCAUGAAGUAAAGGGGAAAGAUGGAGUCGGUGCUGUCAUGGACUCUAUGGAGUUGGAGAGACAGAGAGGGAUCACCAUCCAAUCUGCCGCCACGUACACAAUGUGGAAUCAGCACAACAUCAACAUCAUCGACACACCAGGCCAUGUAGACUUCACUAUCGAGGUGGAGAGGGCGCUACGGGUUCUGGACGGGGCUGUGCUGGUCCUGUGUGCUGUCGGAGGAGUGCAGUGUCAGACCAUGACCGUCAACAGGCAGAUGAAGCGCUACAACGUGCCCUUCCUCACCUUCAUCAACAAGCUGGACCGCAUGGGAGCAAACCCCUAUCGAGCAGUGAAGCAGCUCAGGACCAAACUGAAUCAUAAUGCAGCAUUUGUCAACAUUCCCAUCGGGCUGGAAGGAGACCUGCGAGGAAUCAUCGACCUCAUUGAGGAACGCAGCAUCUACUUUGAAGGUCCUUGUGGCCAGAACAUUCGUUUUGAUGAGAUCCCAGUCGAGAUGCGGGCGGAGGCAGCCGAGCGCAGACAAGAACUGGUGGAGUGUGUAGUCAAUGCCGACGAAACUCUCGGAGAGAUGUUUCUGGAAGAGAGAGUUCCCACUGUUGGAGACCUUAAGGCGGCUGUACGCAGGGCCACUAUCCAGCGCUCCUUCUCUCCAGUGCUGGUGGGCAGCGCUUUGAAAAACAAAGGUGUUCAGCCCCUGCUGAACGCUGUGCUUGAUUACCUGCCUAACCCCAGUGAGGUCAACAACUAUGCCAUCCUCAACGAAGAGGACUCGAGUAAUAGCAAUAAGAUCCUGAUGGAUUCAACCAGAGAUGACACAAAGCCUUUUGUGGGUUUGGCCUUCAAACUAGAGGCCGGGCGUUUUGGGCAGCUGACCUAUGUGCGUGUGUAUCAGGGUUGCCUGAAGAAGAGCGAGUACAUUUACAACACACGCACAACCAAGAAGGUGCGUGUGCAGAGGCUGGUGCGCCUCCAUGCAGACCAGAUGGAGGACGUAGAGGAAGUGUAUGCAGGUGACAUCUGCGCCCUGUUCGGGAUCGACUGUGCCAGCGGAGACACAUUUACAGCUCGCACAAGCGCCAACCUCUCUCUGGAGUCCAUCCAUAUCCCUGAACCAGUCAUCUCGAUGGCUAUAAAACCAGUCAAUAAAAACGACAUGGACAAGUUCUCCAAAGGCAUCAACCGCUUCACCAGAGAGGACCCCACUUUCAGGGUGCAUUUUGACACCGAGAGCAAGGAAACUAUAAUCUCAGGCAUGGGGGAGUUGCACCUGGAGAUCUACUCCCAGAGAAUGGAAAGGGAGUAUAACUGCCAAUGUGUGAUGGGGAAACCUAAAGUGGCCUUCAGAGAGACGGUGACCAGCCCUGUGCCAUUUGACUUCACUCACAAGAAGCAGUCUGGAGGGUCUGGGCAGUACGGUAAAGUGGUGGGAGUACUGGAACCUUUGGAUGCAGAAAAUUACACCAAGGUUGAAUUUGAAGACCAGACCAUUGGCACCAACAUACCCAAACAGUUUGUGCCUGCUGUUGAAAAGGGUUUCAAGGAGGCAUGUGAGAAGGGGCCUCUGACAAGCCAUAAGGUAUCUGGUGUGCGAUUUGUAUUGGACGACGGAGCGCAUCACAUGGUGGACUCGAAUGAGAUCUCGUUUAUCCGAGCUGGAGAGGGCGCUAUGAAACAGGCAAUGGAAAAUGCUAAUGUGGUGAUUCUUGAGCCCAUUAUGUCGGUGGAGAUCGUUGCACCCAACGAAUUCCAGGGAACCGUCAUCGCCGGGGUCAACCGUCGUCAUGGCGUCAUCACUGGCCAAGACGGGUCUGAGGGUUACUUCACCCUGUACGCUGAUAUUCCGCUCAACGACAUGUUUGGUUAUUCCACUGAGUUGCGUUCGUGCACUGAGGGGAAAGGAGAGUACACUAUGGAGUACAGCAGAUACCAGCCUUGCCUGCCUUCUGUUCAAGAGGACCUUGUUAAUAAGCACCUGGAGGCAACAGGACAGUUGCCUGCAAAGAAGGGCAAAUGGAAGAAUUGAGCAACAUGCCCAUACUUACACACACAAAUCCCCUUCAUUAGUUGGUCAUUUAAGUAAUUUAUACAUAUACAAUUUUAAUUAAAUGUUCCGCAGAGCCAUGCAUUUAUGGACAUUGUCUGGACUCGGAAGAUGGCUUUGAGGAUGUAUAGUAGAUCAUUUUGUACCGUGUACAAUAUAAGGAGUUACUUGAGUAUAAUUGGGAAAAAAAACUACUGUGUAUCUGUGUUCUUUGAUACCAUUUACACACCAUUUAUAAAGAGUUUGGGGUCCUGGUUUUCCAGUUAUAGAAUGACAUUACAUGUUGCGCAUUUAACUAUUUAGCCCAUACACGCGAAGUAUCUCAUGAAGCAACACUUACCUUAGUUGGUGAUGGACUGUUAAGAAACGGUGGAAACACACAGCUGGAAGGACAGUCCACCUCAAUUUGCGAGCCUGUAUCUGGAGUCCUAGUCAUUGGGCUGCUGUAAAUCACUGGACAGUGCCAAACGAGUGAGAGAGGAACCAGACAAACCAAGCAGGACCAAUUCAUGUUAAACGAAAAACAAGGUAGGCUUAGGAAAGCUCUGAAGAAUGGAGUCUGAAAUAAAAAAUAAGAAGAAACUCUCAGAAGAGGUGCAGUUUUUGAAGUGAAGUGAGGGAGCUGCACAGGAAUGUACACAAAGGCAGGCGGGAUUAACAUCUCAAGAGCAUGCUCACUUGUGUGCCCUCAUUCUUCACUUGGAAUCUGUCUUUGUGCGCAAAAAAAAGGGAGAGAAAAAAAAAAGGAUUCCUCCCUCACACAGAACAGCUGAAUACACUUUAAGGUUUAGAUGAUGGGAAAAUGUGGCUGAGUGUAAAGCAAUAGCAUAGAUCUGAUUAUGUACUAUAAUGGGUCAAGUAUUUUAUCUGAAGUCUGUGUUUUUGCUAAGUGAAAAAUAACUUCCCUUUAUAGAAUAUUUCAAUAAAUGUAUAUGCAAGGCA